AUGAUGAUACUGCGUGCUGGAGGGACCGCUAUUGAUGCCGUCGAGAUGGCCAUCAAGGUCCUCGAGGAUCGCGAGAUUACGAAUGCUGGGUAUGGCAGCAAUCUUGCUAUGGACGGCGUCGUGGAGUGUGAUGCUUCCAUUGUGGACCAUCAUGGGCGCAGUGGCGCCGUGGGAGCUGUCGCUCAGGUCAAGAAUCCCAUUUCCCUUGCGCGUCUUGUCCUUCAGCACACCACGAAGACUCUAACAUUGCGUCGAGUUCCUCCAAACUUGCUGGUCUCUCAGGGUGCCACGGACUUUGCCUUCGAACAAGGAAUGGGAGUUCUACCGCACGAUGCCUUGGUCUCUCCGGCUGCAAAGGAAAGGUGGGUUCGGUGGCGAGAGGACCUUAAGCAUGCGGAAAGAAGGGAGUUGAAGAAGGUGAAGGCCAUGGAGGCUGCUCGAAAGUUCGAUGAUCCAGAAGAGGAGAUCAGGAACAACAUGAGAUCUGAACAUACUCGGAACCUGUUGCAGAACAACUAUGACGAUCGCUCGGUGUCUCCUUCACUAUCGGACGACGAAUGGAAGACGCAAGCGUCUUCACCGAAGACAAAUGCUUCGUCACAGACCACGCCAGAAUCUCCUCAAACUCCUCAGUCAGGGAGAUCCGCCGAGUCGAAUCAGUCAAGUCGGUCAGCUUCCUUGCAAGUCUUCACGGACCCGCGUGGCCCGCCUCCGUCGAUACGUGAAUCGUCCCGGAAUGCUCUCAUCAACAGUACCGAAACAGUACCAACUUUAGGCAAUUUUCGUGCAGCGGCCCCGAUGUCGACUCACUAUGAAAUGGACGAUACAGCUAUGAGCGAUAUUGACGAUACAGCCGCGAAUCAUUGGACCGUAGGAGCUCGACCGGGGCACGGUUGGGGCGACGGAUCUUCUGGAGGCGAAUCGGCAAGCUCUUCCGAUGGGACCCUCCAGCUUCCAUCGCUCACGCCCAGUCCUCCCCCUCCUCUCGCGUUGGAGACUCCGCUCUCUGAUAUACCAACUGAAGAAUUGAAACCAGGUACACCCUCGCCAACUCUCCCCGUAUCAAAUGAACGAACAACGCACUCGUCAACAACAUCUAUCCCCAUGGCACCAUACGCAUCUCCUCCGAGAACCUCUUCUCUUAGGGGACCUCCUUCUAAGGAAAAAGAAGACCAUAUCACAGACACUGUCGGGGCCAUUGCUAUUGAUGCGUAUGGUAAUAUUGCUUGUGGGGCUUCGUCCGGUGGUAUCGGUAUGAAAUAUCGAGGCCGUGUUGGUCCAGCUGCGUUGGUAGGAGUUGGCGCAGCAGUCGUGCCAGUUAACGCCGAAGACAAGCUGAAAACGUGUGUCGCAACUGUCACAAGUGGCACAGGUGAACAUAUGGCUACGACAAUGGCAGCUACUGUAUGCGCUGAGCGGCUGUAUCAUUCCAACAAGAAAGUGAAGGGCGGUGUCUUCGCAGAGACUCAUGAAGACGAGGCUAUCAAAUCAAUGAUAGAGUCCGAAUUCAUGGGCACUGUCAAGAACAGCAACUCUGCCGGCGCAAUUGGUAUUCUCGGAGUGAAAAAGUCACGUGAUGGCGUCUACCUUUACUUUGCCCACAACACUGACUCCUUCGCGAUUGCAUCAAUGCACUCCGAUGACUCGAAGCCGGUCUGUACUAUGUCCCGGAGCAAUGGCAACGGUUCCAUUGCGCAAGGCGGACGUGCGAUGCGUUAUCGGAAGAAGUAG